AUGGUCAGUGAGGAAUCUUUUUUCCUUUUCCAUUUAUUUAAGUCCUGCAGAGCAUCAUUAUCUUCUCCUCAAUCUUAGUCUGUCACAGACUCACAGUGUCACUCAUCACUCUGUGCUGUCACUCUGUGCUGAUGACAAUUUAUCAGCAGCUCCUGAGGCUCUCGGAGGUGAAAGGUGACAAUUUCACUAGUAUGCUAGAGUAGAUCAAACAACUUUCUGUGCAAUCCUUGGCUCAAAAUCAAAUCCUUUUCUUGCUAUCUUUUUCAACCUUUCAAAUCAACCAAGAAAGCUCAUCCAGUUUAUCCCCACUGCCUGUUUCGGGGGAUCGCCUAUUUUGGAGCCAUCUUUUAUUGCUACUACGCUAUCUACACCUUGCUGUCCUCGUCAGCCAAAUUUACUCACACCUGAGGGCUUGCAUGCCAUCAAUGCUCCCCUGACUGAGGUGUUUAUCAUGUGAGCGUCUGCAUUUUGCAAUCACAGGAAAUCCCCUCUCAUGGUCCACUGUAGGUGGAGUUCAUUUAUUCCCAAAUAUUCGAGCUUUGGCUUUUGGGGGCUCUAAAUAGUUCAAAAAUUCUCAAGUUGUUGGGAAAAUCUGGCUGGCCUCUUAGAGCUUUUAUAUAGCCCUUGCUCCUCUUUCCAGCAGAGAUUUCAACUUUUCUUCCCCCUGAGGUUUCGUGAGCUCAAGAAAAAGAUUUCUGAAACUGUUCUUGGAGGUUUGCUCUCGCCAGUUUCCACUAUCCCUACUUUAUCUGUCCGGCUCCAAGAUCUGAACUUGGGGAGUUCUUGGUGCAGAGCAGAGCAAUCCAGCAAAAUCGCCCGGCGAUUUGGAGCUGGAAUAAUCCUUCCAUGGAUUCCCGGUCCGGCCAUGGAGCGGCGGUGGCGGCCGUGGUGUUGGUUUCUUGGCUGUGCUUCGCGGCGGCCGGCGUUGGUGCGAUAGGGGCGAACUGGGGCACGCAGGCGAGCCACCCGCUGCCGCCGGAAACGGUGGUGCGGAUGCUCAAGGACAAUGGGUUCCAGAAGGUCAAGCUGUUCGACGCCGAGGAGGGCACCAUGAACGCCCUCAGGAAGAGCGGGCUGGAGGUGAUGGUCGGCAUCCCCAACGACUUGCUGUUGACGAUGGCAACCAGCAUGAAGGCCGCAGAGAAGUGGGUCGACACCAACGUCUCCAGCUACCUCAACGAUGGUGUCAGCAUCAGGUAUGUCGCAGUUGGGAAUGAGCCUUUCUUGGAGACAUACAAUGGAACCUUUCUGCAAACAACUUUUCCUGCCAUCAGAAACAUACAAGGUGCACUUAUAAAAGCCGGUUUGGGCAAUCAAGUCAAAGUCACGUGCCCUCUCAACGCUGAUGUCUAUAGCUCGUCAACCUCCAAGCCUUCUGAUGGGGACUUCCGCACAGAUAUUCAUGAUCUGAUGCUCACUAUAGUAAAAUUUCUGAGCGACAAUGGUGGAGCUUUCACUGUCAACAUAUACCCUUUCAUAAGCCUCUACAUUGAUCCAAACUUCCCUGUGGACUAUGCCUUCUUCGAGGGGGCCUCAUCGCCCAUCGUUGAUGGCUCCUUCACUUAUACUAACAUGUUCGACGCGAACCAUGACACACUUAUAUGGGCUCUGAAAAAGAAUGGUUUUGAAAACCUCCCAGUCAUUGUUGGGGAGAUUGGAUGGCCGACUGACGGGGACAGGAACGCCAAUGCUCAGCUGGCUCAGCGCUUCAACCAAGGCUUCAUGACCCAUAUUGCUUCUGGGCGAGGAACACCAAUGCGGCCUGGACCUGUUGAUGCUUACUUGUUCAGUCUAAUCGACGAGGAUGAGAAGAGCAUACAGCCAGGAAAUUUCGAGCGGCACUGGGGGAUCUUUACUUAUGAUGGCCUGCCAAAGUACCAGCUGAAUCUCGGGACAUCAAAUUCAGGCGGUCUUGUGAGAGCAAGGGGUGUGAAGUACCUUGAAAAGAAGUGGUGUGUACUGAAGCCUUCUGUGAACCUCAAUGACCCAAAGCUUGCAGACAACGUGAACUAUGCAUGUUCCAUGGCAGAUUGCACCAGCCUUGGUUACAAGACAUCAUGUGGUAUGCUGGACACGCGAGGCAACAUCUCAUAUGCAUUCAACAACUACUUCCAGAAGAAUGACCAAGAUGAUGUGGCCUGUGGGUUCCAGAAUCUUGCAACAACCACAGGCCAAGACCCAAGCACUGGGACAUGCAGGUUCGGGAUCAUGAUCGAGGUUGACUCCGCCUUCUCAUGGAGGCUUCAGGGGCAUGGAAGCAACCUCCUCUUGAUCCUCCUGCUUGUGCUUCUCCAGCUAUUCCUGUCUUUCUCUUAGAUGCAGGUUUCGCGAGAGAUGACAAUGAGAGCAUAAAAAAUCUGACAGCUUGAGGAUAUUAGAUGUAUGUUGUCAGUAUCAUUCAUUUAGAAACUCUUUCCUCUAUAACCCUUUUUCUUCUCUUUGGCAAGGAAACCGCAGACUGCGGUUUCAGGCAUGCUUGAUUAUUGUUAGGGUUAGCUUUGAUUCAUCAGUUCCCUUGUGAUAGCAAUGAAUGAUGCAUUGAGCCA